UAAUCUAAUCGAAAUGAACAUUGUUAAAUAUUCGACCGAGUUGGGAUAUUUCUUCGUACGUCAUGCCGACGCAUGACGUCAUGUCGAGGCCGCCUCCUCCCUGCCGACCAAGGACGAAACGAGACCGACUGGCUAAUAAACAAAACGCUAGGUUUUUCGGUUAUAUUUACAUUCGAUUUAUCUCUCAAAACGUCGUCAUUCGUCUCAGGGAAAGGGAUCCACCUUUUAUAAUUAUUUAGAGAAGAAUAUGAGUGUGACGAGAACCAUCAAAUGCACAGCUGAAGAUUUGGUGAAAAAUUGGGAGGACAUCGACAAACUAGAUUUCUCUCCUUUGGAUACAAACAAUCAUUGGGGUGUGAUCCCGCAGAAUGUCACUCUGUCUUUGGACUUCUGCGAGAAGGUUAUAACGGCCGCCGUCAAACCGGAGCUUCCCAAGCUCAAGUUACCUGUCACAGAAGAGCUCGAUGAACUAUACGAAUAUCCACCUGAAAUUUUUCCUGAAAACGCUGUCAUUCGGCAUACCAUAUUAUUGAAGAAACACAUUAAAAUUAUGCAUGAGCUUUUAGAUUCAAUAAACAAUGAUAAAUCCGAUAUUAUCAUGUGUCCCGCGAUACCUGAGAUGGUUGAGCAGACAGACGAAGCGAAUGAUUUUGAAGGGAUGGUCGUCAAAAACCUCUACAAAUUCCAAUACGGACAGGGACCAGAUUAUCCUUCCCUCAAUGAUGACGUUAUCCAUGACAUGAUUAAAAAAUCUAUUAUUAUUAUAUUAGCACAGAUAGGUUUUGACAAAGCUAAAAAGUCUGUUAUUCUCGUAUUUGUCGACGUUGUUAAAAGUUGGCUGAGAAAAAUUACAAAUGUUUGCAAUCUUUUGUCCCAAUACGACUUAAAUAAGGACCAUGUCAAUUACAUGGAUAUUUUAGAUCAUGCUUUUAAUAUAAUGGGCUUGGGCAGUUUAUCUUGUGUACCUGAAUAUUAUAAUAUUGAUGUACUGGGCCGUCGGGAUAGAGAAUUAGCAAAAUCGAUACAUCUGGUCAAUAUUUAUACAAGAAUCGUGAGUAGUAUAAUAGGCGAGAUCAACGAUGAAGAAGUCGAACCUGAAUCAUCACCAAAAACCGAAACGCCCAUGACAACUAAUAUAACAAAUAUAUCGGAUUCGGCGCAAAAUCUCAAACCAGGUUUUCAACCGCUUCACCUUAUAGAAAAUAGAAAUAUGACUGGGCAACCGUCACAAUCGGACCCAGUUCCUGGCACUUCGGGCAUAACGCAAACUAUCCGAAUAACUCCUGCUCAGAAAAAACAAAGGAAGUGAAUUGUUUUUUAUUUUAAUUUUCUGUAAUGGUUUAAUAAAUUAUCUGAGCUUUGGCGUUCUCUUAAGAAGCUUUGGUGACUUCAAGGGCAAAAUGAUAUAAACACCUUGCAUGGAUUAUUAAACAAGAUUUUUCUUUAAAACGCUUUCAAAUUCUAGACUACUUCGAAUAAAGAAAAAGUGAGAUGGUUUUGUAAUUUUUUUUUUUUUUUAAUAUAUAAAACAGCUUGCCCAUUUGAUGAAGUUUCACUUUUCAGACAAGUACUGCAAAAGAAGUAGCGUUAUUUAUGCAGAAAAAUAGUUUAGAAAUUCAUACAAAAUUUUGAACUUAAAAAAAACUAAUCCAAAAUAGUUGACAAAUUUUAGAAAAAAUAAUAAAAAAUAUUCCAAUAUUACAGAUAAUUUGACAUAAUCGCAAGGGAAAUAAGUUUUUAAUAAUCAUUUUUUCUAUGCAUUAGCAAAACUCAGUUUUCUGUCAUUAACCCUGUUCAAAUAUACAAAUUUGGUCAUAUUAAUAUAGUAAGAUUUCUGAUUAGAAUUGAGUAAAAAAACAUGUAUGUAAGGUGCUUCCAUCAUUUUAUCCUACACUGUACACAUAUAAUGCGUUUCUUGAAGUGUGUAUGUGUAGUUUAUCUACUUUUUAUAGUCAAUUAUCAUCCAACGUGCCUUGUAUUUUUUUAAGUAAAUAAAAUAUAUUGUUAUAUUUUUGUUAA